GGAGGGGAUGGAGCGAGUCGAGCAUCGGGCGACAGCUGUUGUAUUUCACUAGCAAUACAACAGCUGGAGGCCUAUCAUUACCACAACUGGAGGCCUGUCUGUGUUAUUUCCGGAGCAUCGUACGAGACGGGCCAGAAGAUUAUGAGCGUCUUUCGCCGAAAAAUCUGUUUAUUAUGAAGUUGGGCUGUGACAAUUUUAAAGGCCAGGCAUGUUCGACAGAUAGACUGUCUCUCAUCUCGCCGGAAGAAAGCCGACAGCAGCCGAACGCUCACGAGUUUACGUAUUUGUCAGACAGAAGUCCCGAGACGCAACAUGUUUGAAGCUGGCAGAAUCCCACUCGUCCUUCUCGACGUUACCUGUCUUUUCCUCGUUGGACUUCCCUUUGCGAUCCUCACCCCUCAGCACAAUCCCUUCAAAAGGGGUUUCUUCUGUAAUGAUGAGUCCAUCAGAUACCCCCUGAAAGAGGACACCAUAUCCUAUCAGUUACUGGGGGGAGUCAUGAUCCCUUUCACACUGCUUGUGGUAGUCAGUGGUGAGUGCCUUGGCGUCUAUAUGACUCGUGUCAAAACCAAAUCGUCCUUGGGGACUAACUACGUGGCGCGCAUUUAUAAAGCAGUGGCCAGCUUCCUAUUCGGGGCUGCUGCUAGCCAAUCACUGACGGAUAUUGCCAAGUACUCAAUCGGUCGACUGCGGCCGCACUUCCUGGCUGUGUGUAAGCCUGUGUGGGACCGUAUCAACUGCAGGGCCGGAGGCUACAUCGAGAACUUCACCUGUACCGGGGACAAGGAUAUGGUAGAUGAGGCCAGACUUUCCUUCUUUUCUGGUCACUCAUCUUUUUCUAUGUACUGUAUGCUGUUCCUUGCACUGUACGUCCAGGCCAGACUGCAGACAGAGUGGGCCAGGCUCCUCAGACCCACCAUACAGUUCUUCCUGAUUGCAAUAUCCAUCUACGUGGGACUGUCACGCAUCUCUGACUACAAACACCACUGGAGUGACGUACUUACUGGGCUCCUGCAGGGGGCGAUAGUCGCAAUACUCACGGUGUUCUAUGCGUCCGACUUCUUCAAGAGGCCUGUUGAUCCAGUAGAGAUAGAAGAGGAGACGUCCGAAACCAGUCUCCAGGACAACCCAGAUAAUGAGAACCACUAUGGAAGCACAGACUGAAGCUUUGCCCACAACAUGGACUUACUGUAGCAGACAACGCAUGGAGGACUAGUAGCAUGCUAGUAGCAUGCUACCACUACCUGCCAUCCACUAUGGAGGACUAUGGUUAUUUAUUUCAAUGCAUUGCAGUUCAUUGGCAUUGGCUGUCGUGGUGGUCACUUUGCUCGAGCCCUGAAGACAGCUCCUAGCCCUCUCAGAGCCAAUGAUCUUGCCUAGGCUGUCUCCUUUGGUUGGGUGUCUUGAGCUAAUGAUCCGUGGAUUGGGUUUCUGGUCUUUGCAUUUACGCUGUGAGGUCUGAGUUUGUUGGAGCUGUUGUGUUUGCAUUGGUUUGAAGCUUUUGUUUGAAAUGAAUGAAGUCCCAGUUGUUACAGUGAGCAGAGUGUCCAUGUGUGCAGCAGUGGAGGCUGCUGAGGGGAGAAAGGCUCAUAAUAAUGGCUGGAAUGGUUUUCAUGUGUUUGAUACCCUUCACUCCAUUCCAUUUAUUACACUCCAUUCCAGCCAUUAUAAUGAGCCAUCCUCCCCUCAGCAGCCUCCACUGGUGUGCAGCCAGGCCAAUAAUAAAUCCUACAUCUGUGAACCCUUACUGUCCCAAAGCUUAAAUGAAAGCCUGGAGACUUAUUGAAAUCUGAAAUUAUGUACUAUGUACUGUGUAUAUUUUUUAAUACUGCCUUCGCCAGAUUGUUGCUGCUACUUGCUCAAAGCUCCCUGCAAACUCCUAACAAAUGUGUCCAAUAGUAGAAAUCAUGAUGGCAACUAGACAAAUUAACUUUUUUACAGUUUGUUGUAUCUUUUUUGAAGUACUGGUGUAAAAACUGUAUCUGUGAUCUGAGAUAAAGGAAGAUGGCAUUCCAUUUGGCUUCUUUGGUACGAGGAAAAGUGCUGUGUCUGAGACACAUUUUGUAAACUGUAGAAAUAUGUGCAUUGUUUUUGUGAGAUCAUCAGAGACAGAAACUACCCAUACAGAAAGGCCAAACCCAUACCUGUCAAAUAGCCUGGGUAGGCUGCUUUUUGUUAUUUAUUCAACCUUUCAUUAACCAGGAUGUCCCAUUGACAUAAAGGGUCUCUUUUUUAAAUGAGAGUUAAGUGGGGCCUCUGGGCCGCAGAGGCUCAGGAGGGAAGGCAGGGUGAGGUCUGAACACAAGGAACAUAUUCCUAAUGACUGCUCAAAAGCCACAAUACAGACUAGAGGCGUAGGCUACUCACCGCAAGUCUGGAAAUAUUUGUGUUCUGUCUCUCAGUUGUUCAUCCCAUUUCCCAAUGUGAGUGUGUCCUCAACUGUCAGGAUAUCACAUAUAAACUAUGGGCAUGCAAAUGAGAACGAAAUCACAUUCAAAUCAAACACAUUUUUAUGUAACUUGCACCAUAAUUCACCUUAACUAACAUCUGCUGUUGGUGCUUAGUUGCUGUCCGGUAAAAACGUGUUUUACGUAAAUUACCGCUUAAGCAGUGAGGUACUACCAUUUUUACUGUCUGUAUAAGCUAUAGGCUUUCAGUAUGGCCUGCUCUGCAAUUAUUACCUGUUGGGUACUCAGAGAAGGACAUUAUAGCAUGGUUUGGAUAACAGCAUGAUCACCUGCUAGGGAUCUAUUUUAACAAUGUCCAUGCCAUGUCUAAUUACAGAGCGUUAUAGGGUUGAGGGAUUUCUGCUUUAGGGCUCUCCUCUACCCUGUACAUGACUUUCAAGUCCCAUUACUUUUCCUGGCCCUGUGAUCUGACCAGGAAACACUCUGGGCCCUAAUGGAGGCCCAGAUUUUCUCCAUUGUGAUUUUGGUCUGAAAAAAGAUCACUUCUAUUUUGUGUGACAGGAGGAGCCAUUUGGUUCCUUCCAGCCUACCAGGCAUGUUCUAUUCCUCUGUGAAUCAAUAUUUGAUGUUCUAAAGGACAGCCUCUCACCAAAGUAGAGCUUAAUACUAAAGAUUAAUUGGGGACCUAUCCAGAGAAUGACAACUUACAAAGAGAUUAUUUUAAUAAUAUUGAAAGGAUAUUAUUACAUUUUUCUGAUUCAAUGUUGUCAUGAGACUACAAAGGGAAAUAUACUGCAUACAAAAUCUAAGAUAUUGAAUAGAAGGAAACGUCAUGUUCAUCGUGUGAUGUUCAUGUGAAAUGAUCACAUGACACAUACAUUUAUGUUCAUGUGACUUUUGCAUUUGGAAACUGACUAUAAAAGCUGGUAUAGUUUAGUUGAUUUAAUAGAAGGUCAAAACAGCUGAUCUCAUGCCUCAGUGCAUGUCUGAGAAAGAUCUAGGAUAAAAUACAACACUACUAUAUCUCUCUAGAAGAUGAACCAGUUAAGUUUGAAGUGUUCCAUGUAUUACAUGGUAUAACAUAUUAAUUACAUGGUUAAUAAAGUAUGUGUGAAAUGUG